ACAGGUCGAAGCACCAGACCAUUCCGUGAAAAACUAGUCCCGUCGGAAUGUGUUUCCCAUGCUUUAAAACAAGCGGGCUGAACGCACGGGUCCCGCGCUUUGGCUGAAAUUCCACACUGUCGGUUACGGCACAGACGGGCGGCUGAGGUCCGGUGUCUGUGUUUUUAAGAUAAACCUCGUAUCUGACUCGGGACACUCCGGUACAAACAAUAGACAGCGGUCGGGUGAUUUCAGGGAGCAUUUCCUGCUGGCGGAAGGACACGGCUCGAGAGGCGGCGAGUGGCUGCGCUCCGGCGGCAGGAUUUUUCGUGGAGGGGGGAAAUCGUAGCGCCGCUGAAGCUCGAGAGAGGAAAGAAAGAAUGGAGCGGAGAAAACCCGCGGCCCCGGUGGCUUUAUAACAGCACUUCCAGCUGAAGUCUCUUACCCUAAACCCUCGAAUCACUUCUGCGCGGGCAGCAGGACACAGCCAUGCGAGCCCCGCGCUGAAAUCCGGCCGCAGAGAGGAGCAGAGGCGAGAGAACGGGGGAAAGAUGGGCGCCGUGCUGCGGAGUCUCUUUUUGUGUAGUUUCUGUUUGCAAAUACGGGCUGUGCCGCUUCUCCUGUAUGCAAACCGGCGUGACCUGCGGUUGGUGGACGCCGCUCAUGGGCGUGGGAACGCCACGGUGGUGGUGAGUGGCCUGGAGGAUGCAGCUGCCGUGGAUUUUGAUUACACCCAGGGACUGGUCUACUGGAGUGACGUGAGUGAGGAGGCAAUCAAGUGCACCGUCUUAAACGCCUCCGGCCCCAGCGGUAUCCAGACCACCGUGGUGUCUGGCCUGGCCUCUCCCGAUGGUCUGGCUUGCGACUGGUUGGGAAAUAAGCUUUACUGGACGGACUCAGAAACCAACCGAAUAGAAGUGUCAGAAUUUGAUGGAUCUUAUCGGAAAGUUUUGUUUUGGGAAGGCCUCGAUCAGCCAAGAGCAAUUGCGUUGGAUCCGUGCAGAGGGUAUAUGUACUGGACAGACUGGGGUGAGAUCCCGAAGAUUGAGAGAGCGGGUAUGGACGGCACAAAUCGAGCCAUUAUCAUCGACACUGACAUCUACUGGCCCAAUGGACUCACUUUGGAUUACAGUCAGCAGAAACUAUACUGGGCUGAUGCCAAGUUUAAUUUUAUUCACCGCUCAAACCUGGAUGGCACAGGAAGAGAGGUGGUGGUGAAGGGCUCGCUUCCACACCCUUUUGCUCUGACACUGUACGAGGACACACUCUUCUGGACGGACUGGAACACACACUCCAUCCACUCCUGCAAUAAACAUACGGGGGAAGAGCGCCGUGAGAUCCAUUCCAACAUCUUCUCACCUAUGGACAUCCAUGUCUUCAGCCAGAAGAGACAGCCUAUUGAUGUGAGCACUCCCUGCUCUCCGAAGAACGGUGGCUGUUCCCACCUGUGCCUGCUGUCUCCAGUAAAGCCCUUCUAUCAGUGUGCUUGUCCCACUGGCGUGGAGCUGCUAGAGGACAAUAAGACCUGCCGCAUUGGUGCCACACAGCUCCUCCUCUUAGCUCGUCGAACAGACCUGCGUCGGAUCUCUUUGGACACGCCAGACUUCACUGACAUAGUCCUGCAUGCAGAGGACAUCAGACAUGCUAUUGCCAUUGACUAUGAUCCUGUGGACGGACACAUCUACUGGACUGACGAUGAGGUGCAGGCCAUCCGCAGGUCUCAUCUGGAUGGCAGUGAUGCUCAGUUUAUUGUCACCACUCAGGUGAAUCAUCCAGAUGGCAUUGCUGUUGACUGGAUAGCACGGAAUCUCUAUUGGACAGACACUGGUACAGAUCGCAUCGAGGUCACAAGACUAAACGGCACAAUGAGGAAAAUUUUGAUAUCUGAAGACCUGGAUGAGCCAAGAGCCAUUGUUCUGGAUCCUGUUUCAGGGUAUAUGUACUGGACUGACUGGGGAGAAUUUCCAAAGAUUGAGCGUGCUGCCCUGGAUGGUACAGAUCGGGAGGUGAUGGUAAACACUUCCCUUGGUUGGCCGAAUGGACUGGCACUAGACUACGCAGAGAGGAAGAUAUACUGGGGGGAUGCAAAGACUGAUAAGAUUGAGGUGAUGAAUAUGAAUGGAACAAACCGGAGAAUCUUGGUUGAGGACAAACUCCCUCACAUAUUUGGUUUUACUCUCCUCGGUGACUACAUCUACUGGACGGACUGGCAGCUCCGAAGUAUUGAACGUGUGCAUAAACAUACAGCCGAAAGGGAAGUGAUCGUUGACCAACUACCUGACCUCAUGGGCCUGAAAGCCACCUAUGUACACCAGACAUUUGGUACCAAUCCGUGUGCUGAAAAUAACGGCGGCUGCAGUCACCUAUGCCUCUACAAGCCGCAGGGUGUGGCGUGUGCGUGCCCUAUUGGCCUAGAGCUCAUUUCUGACAUGAGCACCUGCAUUGUGCCCGAGGCCUUCCUGCUCUUUUCCCGGCACACUGACAUCAGGCGGAUCUCCCUGGAAACCAACAACAACAACGUGGCCAUCCCACUGACUGGCGUCAAGGAAGCAUCGGCUUUGGACUUCGAUGUCACUGACAACCGCAUCUACUGGACUGACAUCACACUAAAGACCAUCAGCCGGGCGUUCAUGAACGGCAGUGCACUGGAGCACGUGGUGGAGUUCGGCCUGGACUACCCUGAAGGGAUGGCGGUGGACUGGCUUGGCAAGAACCUGUACUGGGCAGAUACGGGUACCAACCGCAUAGAGGUGGCCAAGCUGGAUGGUCAGCACAGGCAGGUCCUAGUGUGGAAGGACCUCGAUAGCCCACGUGCGCUGGCUCUGGACCCUGCUGAAGGUUUCAUGUAUUGGACUGAAUGGGGCGGGAGGCCUAAGAUUGACAGAGCAGCCAUGGAUGGCACAGGCCGCAUAACUUUGGUCCCCAAUGUAGGCCGUGCCAAUGGACUUACCAUCGAUUAUGCAGAAAGACGACUCUACUGGACUGACCUGGACACUACACUCAUUGAAUCGUCCAAUAUGCUUGGUCUUGAGCGUGAAGUGAUCGCAGAUGACCUGCCUCACCCAUUUGGCCUCACGCAGUACCAGGACUACAUCUACUGGACUGACUGGAGCCAGCGCAGCAUUGAACGGGCCAACAAGACCAGUGGUCAGAACCGCACGCUCAUACAAGGCCAUUUGGACUACGUGAUGGACAUCCUGGUGUUCCACUCAUCACGGCAGGGUGGGUGGAACGCCUGUGCAUCCACCAAUGGCCACUGCUCCCACCUCUGCCUUGCUGUGCCUGUUAGCAGCUAUGUGUGUGGAUGUCCAGCACACUACUCCCUCAAUAAUGACAACAAGACCUGUAGUGCACCCACCUCCUUUCUGCUGUUUAGUCAGAAGACUGCUAUUAACCGCAUGGUGAUGGAUGAACAACAGAGCCCGGACAUCAUCUUGCCAAUUCACAGCCUGCGUAAUGUCCGUGCCAUUGACUAUGAUCCACUUGACAAGCAGCUCUACUGGAUUGACUCCAAGCAAAAUGUCAUUCGUCGUGCCCAGGAGAAUGGCAAUCAGAGUAUGACUGUGGUGUCUAAUUCAGUGGGAGGCCACAACUUGGGUCUGCAGCCAUUCGACCUGAGUAUUGACAUCUACAGUCGUUUCAUCUACUGGACCAGCGAGGUCACCAACGUCAUUAAUGUUACCCGCAUUAAUGGCACGCGUGUGGGAGUGGUCCUUCGCGGUGAGCACGACAAACCCAGAGCAAUCGUGGUCAACCCAGAGAGAGGGUACAUGUACUUCACCAACCUGCAGGAACGAUCUCCUAAGAUCGAGCGGGCAGCUCUGGAUGGCACUGAGCGGGAGGUGCUUUUCUUCACUGGCCUGAGCAAACCUGUUUCCCUGGCUAUUGAUAACGAGCUGGGAAAGCUGUUCUGGGUGGACAUGGACCUACGGCGCAUUGAGAGCAGUGACCUAUCUGGGGCCAAUCGAAUUGUGAUCGAGGACUCGAACAUCUUGCAGCCAGUUGGCUUGACAGUCUUUGGAGAUCACCUGUACUGGAUUGACCGGCAGCAGCAGAUGAUCGAGCGGAUUGACAAGACUACACGUGAAGGCCGAACAAAGAUCCAAGCCCGCAUCUCUGCUCUGACAGACAUCCAUGCUGUUCAUGAGAUUGACAUGGAAGAAUACAACAAACAUCCCUGUACCUCUGACAAUGGAGGCUGCUCCCAUAUCUGCAUUGUAAAGGGAGAUGGUACUACAAGCUGCUCCUGCCCUGUUCACUUGGUCCUGUUACAAGAUGAGCUUUCUUGUGGAGAACCGCCCACCUGUUCACCAGUGCAGUUCCCAUGUGCAUCUGGAGAGGUGGUCUGCAUCCCACAGGCAUGGCGCUGUGAUGGGUUCGCCGAGUGUGAUGACGAAAGUGAUGAGCGUGGCUGCCCUGUUUGCUCAGAAGAGGAGUUUCAGUGUGACAGCAAGCAGUGUGUGGACAUCUCGCUGCGCUGCAAUGGAGACAUUAACUGCCAGGACCGCUCAGAUGAGAACAAGUGUGAAGGUCAUUGCCCUCCAGACCAGUUCGCCUGUAACAGUGGCCAGUGCAUCGGCAAGCAUAAAAAGUGUGACCACAACAUGGACUGCACCGAUAACUCUGAUGAAAUUGGCUGCUACCCCACUGAUGAACCUUCACCGCAGCCCACCAACACUAUCGGCUCCAUUGUUGGUGUUGUGAUGACCUUGUUUGUGGUGGGUGCAGUCUACUUUGUGUGCCAGCGUGUGCUGUGCCCACAGAUGACCGAUGACGGAGAGACCAUGACCAAUGACUUUGUAGUGCACGGACCGUCCUCUGUGCCGCUGGGAUAUGUGCCACAUCCCAGCUCCCUUUCUGGCUCUCUGCCGGGUAUGUCUCGUGGAAAGUCUGUGAUAGGCUCAUUGAGUAUAAUGGGUGGUAGCAGUGGACCUCCUUAUGAUCGUGCCCAUGUAACAGGAGCUUCCUCCAGCAGCUCCUCCAGCACCAAGGGCACUUACUUUCCCCCUAUCCUGAACCCUCCCCCUUCUCCUGCUACAGUGAGAUCUCAGUACACAAUGGAGUUUGGCUACUCGUCCAACAGUCCCUCAACACAUCGCUCAUACAGCUAUAGGCCAUACAGCUACCGCCACUUCGCCCCUCCAACCACACCGUGCAGCACAGAUGUGUGCGACAGCGAUUACACACCGGGACGCCGGGCCCCACCAGUCUCCAGCACUGCGGCAAAGGGCUACACCAGCGACCUCAACUAUGACUCUGAGCCCUUUCCUCCACCCCCCACCCCGCGCAGCCAGUACCUCUCAGCCGAGGAGAACUGCGAGAGCUGCCCUCCGUCUCCUUACACAGAGCGCAGUUACUCACACCACCUGUACCCCCCACCCCCCUCACCCUGCACAGACUCAUCGUGAGCCUCGCUGGUCAUGUGCAGAACCCAGCUCAUCCUCCCUGUUGGUGUAAAUAGCAAUUGUGCAUAAAAUGACUUCAAAAAGAAAGUGACUGAUGCUUGAGCUGGAAGACUGUUCUGUGCAGAGAAAGAAAUAAUAGGAGAAUAAAAAUAAUAGGAGGAUGAAAGAAAAGAUACUUGUGUGCAGAGCGGACAUCCUUGUACAUUAAAAAAAAAAACAUAUUUAUAUAUUUUCUAUACAGCGUUUAUUGGUAAUGCCAUAGAGCUUUGUAUUAUUAAAAGAAAUUUGUACAUUUUUUAAGGAUUUUUUUAUUAAAUUCACACAAACAUUGAUAUGUUGCCUUAAAUCCAAGAGUUCGAAAAUCAAACUACCUUCUCUUUUGAGGCUGAAGGAUGUGGGAAAGGAGUGCGGGUGGUUAACUUCUGAUGCCAAAUAACACUAGUUUCGCCAUCCUGCUUCACAGCUCAGGGACAGGAUGGAGAUGGAAGGAGAAUGACACCCCCUGAUGGCUCUCACUGGUACUACACUGGGCAGCUCUGUUGCUGUGCAGCCAUUUUGUUUCAAGCUGAACCACUAGCUCUUCUAAUCACCCACCACCUGGAGCUCUCCUCUGCGCUGAAAGGAGGGAAAACCUCUGUGUCUGUUUUUCGUCUUGGUUUUUAUUUCUGCAUUUAUGGCAGGGCAGUGUGUCACAGCGCUGGAAAUAUUGGAUUUGAUUGAAAAGCUAUCAGAACUGUAGCAAUAAGAAGAGGACAGACUGUGUUGAAGCUGAAAGUUGCAGCUGCUGUCGAUUGAUCUCUAGCGCUCAAUGCUCCUAAGAGUGAGGCAGUGACUUCAUUUUGGCUCUAGCAGCUCCAGAGUUCCCAGCGUGUUUGCCAUGUUAGUGGGAGUUUGGGUGAUGUACCACCAGUUCUGUGUGGACUUAUGUUUCUAUGGUCUUGAGCAAUCAACCAAAAGUUUUUUUUUUUUUUUUUUUUCCUUCAUGUUUCCUUCCUUUUCCUAACAUGCCUGACUGCAACUGUACAGGAGUCUGUGCAGGACACAAUCUGAAACACAUCUCUCUAUCUAUCUCUCUCUCGCUCUCUCUCUCUAUCUCUCUUUCACACUCGAUCUCUUUUUCUCUCAUCAUAUCGUUCUCUCUCACCUCUCUCCAAUAUUUCACUCUCCACCUUUCUUCUCUUACCAUCUUAUUCUCUCCCCUGCCCCCAUAUCUUUUCUGUCUCAUCCUUUACAAAAGUACACAAUCAAGGACAAGCUUAUCGUGCCUGACCACUUUCUAACAAACUCUUUUCAAAUCGCAUUGCAUCUCUUUUUUAGAAAUCUUAGUGUGCGCAAAAUGUCAAAAUAUUUUUGUACCACAUAUUGUGUAGAUACCAUAUUUAUAAGCUAUAAAGACUGAAAACCAUUGUUAUUUUCUUGUGAUAUCCUUGCAGUACUUUUACCAUUAUGCCAUUAGCUCUCAAUAUAUGCCUUGCUGUAUUUUUCUAUUAACCGUUAUGACCUGAAAGUACAGUGACAAUCCACGAGGAACAAAAGCCGAAGAACAUAACUAUAUGAAUGUCCCUGUUCAGAUAUCUCAAACUGUCCAGUCCAGAAACCCAGUUACAGAUUCUUAAAUCAGAGGCCUCCAGUCUUUAUGUACCUGCAGUUCUAGCCAAGCGUUCAGUAUAUGAUCAGAAUGUUUAAGGUGGGAUCAACACUACUUUUGUGAAUGUGAUCCGAACAUUAGGGUCUUUUUUAAGGAUGAUUGUUUGUCUGCUUGAAGUUUUCAGUGGAGUUUGUUAGGGUCGUUCUGUACUGAUGCGCACCUGGUAGAUUUGCAGCCCUGUUCUUUGAGUAUGGUGGUCGUCUGAUUUGUGGUGUUUGUCUUUAUGUCAGUGAUUUUGCCCUUUCCCGUUCUCAGGCGAGGGACGCGCACCAGCGUGAAUAUUCGUGAUUGUUCUUGGUGUAUUAUAAAAUGUUGCUCUGUAGCUGCUUUUUACGCCUCUGUGGGCCAGUUUAGGGGUUUUGAUUAGACUGCAGACAAACAUUUAAUGUUACAGGCACAUGAGUGGACAAUCAACACACUUACUUUAGGCUGGAUUGUGCCUAGGGUCUGAUGCCAUUUUAGCUUUACCUAUUUUUAAAGGGUAUUUGCACCGUUUUUGUUUUUUGGAGUUUUUUUUUUAUCUUCUAUGACAAAGUUACUGUGAGGAAUUAGUUGAGAAAGUGUAUUGGAGAAAAAUUUGCUUUUUUAACUGUGGUAGCGAGAGGUGCCAAAGGGGUUCAUGAUUUACGCCAAUUUAAAUAUUUUAUUUCAUUUCCAAAACCUCCAGUGAAGCUGCUUGUGUCUACAAAUGUUCCUAUGGAAAUUAAAACAGCAGUUAAUUUGAAAAAAAAAAAUUGUUCUUAAGAAAUGUUUGAAAAAACUUGUCCUUUGCUUAACACCCAGCUUGUAGUCCACCAUUAUUUUAGGGCAAAAUGUUAAUGGAAAGGUUAACAGAAAAUUGUAAAAAAGUUGUAAUUCCCCUUUAAUGCAGAACAAAGUGUUAAUGUAUUGUGUAUAUAUAUGAGGGAUUUUUGCUUAUCUCCUGAACCGGUAAACUUAUCAUUCAGAUAUUAAUCUCAAAGCCUAUUUAGUAACUUCCAUGGAAAUUGAACUAGUACCUAAUUUAUGUGAUUCUUCACCUGUGGAGUUGUAGUGUGGACCUGCUGAUGGAGCCUUAUAGGGCAGUUUCUCAGACAGGGAUUAAACCUACUUUUGGAGUACUCGGCAUUCUAAAUAGAGAUUUUCCAAAAAGGAAAACAGUCUGUGACUAGGCCUAAUGCUUGCUUGGGAAACUGACCGUAGGUCCUUUAGAGUUUAGGAGGCUAAGCUAGACUCUUGAAGAUUGACUAACAUCCACUCGAUUGUGUUCCUCAUUUGCGUCCAAAAAGCUUUGUGUGUCUGUAUAGAAGUCAGCUGAUUUGGUUUCUAAUCAACGUCUACAGGCUGUGCGCGUCCAUCAUCUGCUGGAUGUUUGCAAAGAAAUCAGUACAAUCUCAAUCACACUGCUGCCUUCCCUUUGCCUAGCCUUCACUGCGUUCACUGUGACCCCUGAACAGAAUCUAAAGCAGCAUGUAAGACAUUUAGACGGCCUCACUCUGAUUUCCUACAGUUUGUUUGUUGUUUUGUUUUUGUUUGUUUGUUUUAUAUAUAAAAAUCUAUUCUCCGUUAUGUAAGAGGUUUAGGACGGUUUCCUAUCUGCCGCUGGUCAUGUAGCCAGCAAUCAUCAGGUCAAACCAGCAUCAUCUCAUUCUCCUACUGCACUUUACAGCACCUCGGCCUGGUUACUGGUACGACAGCAUGCUUACCUGAAAACACUGUGUGAAUGUAUGAGCGCGUCUGUAUCUGUGUGAAUGGGGGGAGGUGUUUAGGGGGGGACGUUCUCUAAAGAAUGGAUGUGUAUUUUGCUGCCAUUGUAGCUUGCUUGUAUUUUUGUGUAGCAAAAUGUGGUUUUAAAAAUCAAAAUUGAGGAGCUACCAAAGGUAUGAAACACUAGUGUGACCAGACUCUGCCAUUUCACCUCACUUUACACGCUUCAUCUGCAUUGAAGCAGCAGCAGCAGCCUUUUCUCCAUGUUCCUGUUUCUAAAGGCCAUCAGGCCACGUUUCACUGCUUAGAGAGGAGGAGCAGGGUCUGAAUGAAAUCCUGUGAUUGAAAUGCAGCAGUGAUAAAAGGAGAAAAAGCAAGUUUGCAUAGACAGGUAGAACAUUAAGCACUUUGGCUCCUGGGCAGAGAAUGAUGGUGGGAAGAGAGGGAGGGGCCUGUUAACAAUGUACACUUUUUUUUUUUUUUUGUCGUUCAUCGUUUGUCUUAUUUUUGAUACCAUGGUGCUUUGCAAGGAUAUAUUCAAAGAUGACCAACAUUUGGUUAGUCACAGUUCAUUAAAUUCCACUAACUCUACUUUUUGUACAUCGAUCACUUUACAUGUAAAACUUUGUAUAAAAUGGACAUGUACAGCUCAUUCGAUAACUACUAUAAGCUGUUGUAACAAAUGAAAUGUUGAUUUUUUUUUUUUAAUAAAAAUGAGUGGAUUUUUAAA